AAGCCCCCUGCACUCUUCAGUCUGAUGUCCUGUUGCCUCACGAGCAUCUCCAGCCUCCAGCUCUGCAUCUUCUCUUAAACAGAACUAAACAAGACCGACCAUGAGCUCUUCUAUGCAAACCUCCACCUCCUACAGGCGCACCUUCGGGAGCCCCCAUCCCAUCUCUAUGUCCUCCUACUCACCUGUGUCCUCCCGUAUGCCUGUUUCUUCAGGACGCUACAUGCGUUCAAUGUCUCCUGCGGUUGCAUCCCGCUCCACCACCUACCACCAACAGCGCUCCCGCCCCAGCGCCCAGCCCGCCCGCCUCUCCUACGACAAGGUGGACUUCACCCUGGCUGAAGCCAUCAACCAGGAGUUCCUCACCACCCGCAGCAACGAGAAGGCCGAGCUCCAGGAUCUCAAUGACCGCUUUGCCAGCUUCAUCGAGAAGGUGCGCUACCUGGAGCAGCAGAACGGCACUCUGCAGCAGGAGCUCAACGUGUUCAAGGGCCAGCAGCAGCACGGCCAGCCCAACCGCGCCUCCGAGAUCUUCCAGGAGGAGCUGAGAGAGAUGAGGCGCCAGAUGGAUGACAUCGGAAAAGAGAGGGACCAGUACCUGCUGGAGAGGGACAACCUGGCUGAGGACCUCACUCUGCUCAAACAGAGGCUGGAUGAAGAAGCCCAGAAGAGGGCGGAUGCUGAGGGUAACCUGGCUGCCUUCAGGAAGGAUGUGGAUGAUGCCACGCUGUCCCGUCUGGAACUUGAGAGGAAAAUUGAGUCUCUGAUGGAUGAGAUUGAAUUCCUUAAGAAACUCCAUGAUGAAGAAAUCCAGGAUGUCCAAGUGAGUGUCCAAACCCAUCAGCUGAAGAUGGAGGUGGACAGCAGUGCCAGGCCCGACCUUACUGGUGCUCUGAGGGACAUCAGGGCCCAGUAUGAGAACAUUGCCACAAAGAACAUGCAGGAAUCUGAGGAUUGGUACAAGUCCAAGUUUGCUGAUUUAACUGAGUCUGCAAAGCGCAACACUGAUGCUCUGAGGCAGGCCAAGCAGGAUUCCAACGAGUCCAGGAGGCAGAUUCAGUCUCUCAACUGUGAAAUCGAUGCUCUGAAGAACACGAAUGAAGCCCUGCUGAGGCAAAUGCGUGAAAUGGAGGACCAGUUUAGCGGCGAAAUUAACAACUACCAAGACAACGUAGGAAGGCUGGAGGAUGAGAUCCGCCACCUGAAGGAGGAGAUGGCUCGCCACCUUCGCGAGUACCAGGACCUCCUCAAUGUCAAAAUGGCUCUGGACAUUGAGAUUGCUACUUACCGUAAACUGCUGGAGGGUGAGGAGAGCAGGAUUACUGUUCCCAUGAUGAAUAUUGGCAUGAGCAAUCACUUUGGUGACCGAGAUUAUGAACCAACUCUGGACACCCACAGCAAGAGGACUGUGGUGAUAAAGACAGUCGAGACCAGAGAUGGAGAGGUUGUGAAGGAAUCCAGGAGGGAGAAGGACAGGGACUCAGGCCGUAUUGACAAGGAUGAUGACGACGAGUAGAGUCAAUUAAAAAAUGUGAAAGCCAGAGCCAUCAGAAAAAAAGGAGAAACAAUGUAAAGACCAAAUUCUGAUCUGAGCAUUCCCACUAGUUAUGAGUUGUAUUAUCUAGCAGAAAGUCUCCCAGUGCAGUAUAGGUGCAAUGUUGAAAAAGUCCCUUUAGAGAGUGUCACUCUGGUGCUAUUUAAGCCACCCAACUUUUGCUGAACAAUUGUUAUCAUCUGUAGGGCUGAGCAAAACCCCUUUAUUUACAUACCACUUGAGGCCUUGAUUUUCAGUGCAAUCCUGUGCAAUUCUUAGAAGUCCACAUGUUUAUAUAGUAUUACACUACAGGCUAAUAUAGGAAUAAAUAAAUGCCGAAAUUUAGUAGUUUGAGUCAUAUGACUAACUAACAAAACAUCAGACACUGCCCUUUGGUCAAUACACAUUAAAACAAAGAAAGAGAAUUAGUUGAGCUACCUGCAUUUGUUCACAACGCUUUGCUAUUAACUUAUUUCAGACAAAUGACCAAUGUGAUUAAUAAAUAAGAAACAAAAAAAAAUGUUGACACUGAAAUAUGACAGCCACCAAGUAACUUGCUGAAUGUGCUUUGCAAUGCUGUGUGUACCUGGCAGAUCGAUGAAUGAAAAUGUAAGUGCUAAUAAACCUAAUUGAAGCAGA